AUGUCUAAAUCUCCCGUUAUGCUCCAGCCGGAAGAGUUGACUAAGGUCAAAAAUUACGAACACAACCCUUGGUCUUUUGAGGAUGGCAGUCUCAUACACCCUGGUGCUUAUCCUGGUCGUUACGCAAGCACAAAAGAGAUCGAGGAACAGGAGGUCCCAAAGGGAUUCUGGCGUGCUCUCGACAGAACUAACGAAGAUAUCAACAAAGCACAACGUAGUAAGAACGAGGUUUAUGAGAGGUUUGAAGAACUCGAUGCGCGAGUCGAAGCGCACGGCUUUAAGGGGAUGCCCGAAUUCAAAGAUUACAAUGGCGAUCAGAUCGUGGAUUUUCUUAAGGAGGCGGGAGGAAAUAUCCGCAACCUUGUUGGAAUGGGUCUAGGUAGUCUCGCUGACUGCGAAGAACAAGACUUUGAGGACAACAUUAUCCCCAAUUGUAACGGGCGUUCAUUCCGUGGCACCCACGGAAGUAAUGGGGACUAUAUCUUCAUCACCUUCAAGCCCGAUGAUCCAUUCCGCCAGAUUCUAGCCGCCUACACAUACAACAAGGGGUCUAAUGAGAAGCUAUGGACGGAAGAAGCAGAUCCCAUUAUGCCACGUGCAAUCAUCUGCCGACGCGCGUUCGAGGAAUUCGGUGAAGACAAAACCGACCAGCGUGUUGCAGAUUGGUUCAGCAGAUACUCAGUUGUCCAUCAGUUUACAGAGGAGGACAACAAGAUGUUUGGUGGAGCAAUGUGGCUUCACAUCUUGAAGCCUGAAAGCCAAGACAAUAGUCCCGAAGCUCUGGGUGUACAAGGCUCAGCUUAG